UGGACGCGACCCGAAGCCAAACAAGACGAGACAAGUACAACCAAGCACCGGAGCCAGGUCCUUGACAGCGCCAGACGCAGGCCGCAGCACUGUCACGGGAGAGAUGGGCUUCACAAAAUCCCAUCGCACUGCAUCCUUGCGCAUCCUGCAAGAAAUUAACAAGGCAAAAGACGAGCAUGGCAAUGACCGUGCAGCCGUCUUUCAUGAACUACCGCCGCGUGCAGAGCUCCCCGACUACUAUCAAGUCAUCCAGAAACCCAUGGCGCUAGACAUGGUACGGGAUAAGCGCAGCAAGUAUCAGUCUUGGCAGGAUUUCAAGCAAGAUGUCUUUCAAAUCUUCCACAAUGCAAAGACCUACAACAGACGCGAUUCGCCCAUCUAUAUCGACGCAGAGGCGCUAGAAGAUGUAGUUGAGGAGGAAAUGAAGAAGCUUGUGGCAGAACAGACGUUGACCUCCGAAGAGGCAGAACGGCCCGAUUUGGGUCCAUUGCCAGGCGGCUCGCAAGGCUCAGACGAUGAUGCAGAGAUGGAAGAGGCAAGUGGCAGUCCUUCAUCUGCAAAGCGGAGAAAAGGUCGGCCGGCCUAUACGGAAACCCCCGAAGAGACCAUCAUGUCCAACAUCAUCAAACGCAUACGCAAAGUCUGUCGGGGUGCAGGCAAACCUUUGGCGCCGCCCUUUGAACGCUUACCAGACAAGGCAGAGUAUCCGGAUUACUAUCAGACCGUCAAAAAUCCCAUGUGUCUGACGCAAGCCAAGGCGAAUAUCAAGAAAAAGGUCUACUCGACAGUUGAUGCGUUUGUUGCGGACCUCGAGCUCAUCUUUCGCAAUGCUCAGCUUUACAAUGAAGAUGGGUCUGCGAUAUAUCAAGCUGCAUCGACACUGUUGAUAGCGCUUAAGGAGAUAACAGCAGCCGAGACGAAGCAGCCAGAGCCACCGAAGCCACCAAAGCCGGAACCGCCGAUCAUUGAAACACCGGCUGUAGUACAGGAAGAGCCAGUGAAGCCAGCGCCCGUCAAGAAUGGUCGGCGAAUGUUGGAGAGCGUUCAGUCAAAUGGCCACACUUAUGCGCUUGGCGACUGGAUCCUCGUGACGAAUCCUAAUGACAAGGACGUCCCGUGUGUGGCGCAGGUUCACCAGUGCUUCCAGGUGGAGGCAGAUCAGUCUUUCGGUUUGCAUGUAUGCUGGUUUUUUCGUCCAGAACAGACGAUUCAUCGUUCUGAUCGGCUAUUCUACGACAAUGAGGUAUUCAAAACCAAUCACUACCGGGAUCAGGCCCUCAACGAUGUUGUUGGACCCUGCCUUGUACGAUACUACACCAAAUAUGUUCGCAGCCGUGCCAAAUUCCCACCAGGUCGUGAGCUACAAGUCUUUGUUUGCGAGUCGCGCUACAAUGUUGAGGAGAAGAAGUUUACCAAAAUCAAGUCCUGGAAGUCUUGUCUCCCUGAAGGUGUGCGGGAUGAGGAAGUCAAGGAAGAGGCAGAACCUUACCCAGCGCCCAUCACGCUGCCUCGCAAACCGUCAUCCUUGCUCUACUUGCUCCCCAAUGACCAGAACCAGCACGUCUACGAUCCAAUGGUACCUCUGCCAGAAGCUUUUGAUCAGCAAAAUCGCAGCGCACCGCCUAAAAUUGGCAAUGUCUAUAUUGGACCGCCAAUUGAAGAACAAGGACCUAUGAUGGUACCGUACACACAAGCUUCCCCAGAACGUGGAUCAGCGCAACAGACGCUAGGACGUCCAACAGCGCCGUUACGACAAAGCUCAAAGACAUCUGGGACACCUGCGCGUGGUUCACCCAUGCCAGGAUCAGCGCAACCGCCGUUGACGUAUGCAUCACCGUAUGUGCAGGCCCAGCCCACUUCACAGCUUGGUAGCUAUACGAGUCCCUAUGCGAGCGCUGGGACAUCCUCAGCGACACCUUCAACGCAACAAACGCAACAACCCGUUGUACAAAGUACUACUAGGAUUGUCAGUGUAGGGAAUCGUGUGCAUCCGACUGCAUUGACAUUGACGAGUCCGCAGGGACCACAGCUGACAUUGGAAGAGCACGUCAAGCGACGAUUCCUGAGGGAUGCAGAUGGUGAGAUUGUGUGGUUCACGGUGCCGCCUGUAGAUCCAGUGGCAAAGGCAUUGCCUGAGGAGGGCGUCUUGGGGCAUUCAUUGGCAUAUGAGCUUUGGCGAUUGAAGCAGCAGGCUCAGCAGUAGUCUUUUGUAGCAAAUAUACAUCCUUCC